GGGCACACAUGGCAGUGUUCGAUGACGCCUGCCAAGGAAGUUCUCGACGCCCUGGAUUGCAUCCCGAACGACCACGUGCCUCCAACGCGUGCCCCGAUGGCAUCCACGGCCGCUUCUGGCGCGUCCAACGACAAACCAUCGGACAGCGACAAAACGCCCGAGAAAGAAGAGAAGAAGCGCAGGAUUCCGCCGAUUGUGUUUGUGCCGCUGCUUGGCGCAUUUCUCGUCAUCACGAUUGUCCCGUCCGUCGUGAGCAACGUGAUCAACAAGACCCCGGCGCCGACUCCCGCCCCGGCCUCGAAUGGCGGAACCACGACCGGGUUUGGCGAAGGCAUGGCGACCCCAACGCCAGCGCCCAACUCGGUCCCCGCCACCACCACGACCCGCACGCCCAUGACAACGUCCCCCACGCCGUCCGGGCCGCCCGAAUUUUCGAUCUCGACCGUGUUGCAAUCUCGCGUGUGGGAUAUUGGGUAUCACGCGCCAUCGCGAACAUUCCUCGGCAUCAACGACUCGUUGGUGUGGGCGCUGCCGACAAUAGCGACCACGGCCGCCGCCGCGUUCUUUGGCGGUGCUGGCGGUGGCCGUCGGCUGGACGCGGACGCGGCAGGGAAUCUGUAUGUCCUGAACGUCGGGGCCCGUGGCCGCGUGAACCACUACAGCGCUGCGUCCAACUACGCGACGGCCACUCAGUUGGCGACGGCGCUGUCGAAUGUGGACCUGACAAGUGUCCUUGCGAUGCCUUCAAGCACGGGGAUGGAUGUCGCCGCAGCGACACAACCCGGCGCAGUGCUUGGAUGGAACACGUCGGCGCUGACGACGGCCGGCGUCGAGAUCGUUGCCGCAAACGUCACCGACCCGUUUCUUGCCAACGACAUGGUGUAUCGAAAUGGCGUCAUCUACAUGGCGGACGGCCCGUCGUCGUGCAUCCGCCGCUUGACGCUGUCCACUGGCGUGACUGAAGUCGUCGCGGGCCAGUGCUUUUACAGCGGGCACGCGGACGGCGACGCGACCACGUCGACCUGGAACAGUCCAUUCGGCAUCGCCAUGGACUACUACGGCGACUUGUACAUCAGCGACACAAUGAACCACGUCAUUCGCAAGAUCGACAUGGCAACCAAGAUCGUCACGACGAUUGCCGGCAAGGUGCGGGCGCCGGGGCUUGUCAACAGCGCCACGAAUGCGUCGUUGGGCCAGCUGAACGCGCCGCAAGGCCUGGCAAUCGAUCCGACCCUGCAGUGGAAGGCGACUGCUGGAUCGUUUGCUCUGUAUGUAGCCGACACGGGCAACAAUUGCGUUCGCAAGAUUACAUGGGGCUAAGCCACAUGACUGGCACGACUAAAUAAGCACUCGAAUUGCGCGCCAUGCGCACGUUCAUGGGGUCGUUUUCGUUGGUAUGCGUGCCUAGCCCAACGACAUGGGACGGCCACCACGACGGGAGGCCUCUGCGGCACGGUGCUGGUAUGGCAAAAGUCGCACGGAAUAAUCGUCGCACGUCGCCGUCCGUGGUAGUAGCAGUUUAAAUGCAAAGUGCGGAACGAUGCUGCGUGAGACAACGAACAUGUUCGACGUGUGAGCGAAUCCCAACCUCCCCAUCGAACUCACGCUGACGUCCACCGCAACAACUUCUGCAAGGACGUAGCCGAGUGCCCCGAUUCGUUCGGCGAUGACAUGAAACGGGGCGGGUGAGCAUUGCCGCCAAACAACAGGACUCGGCCAUACCAUUCAAAUCGUCUCGUCAUCUGGUAUUCCACCACGCGGCGACAAAUCAAGCUGGUAGUGCAAGGAAGAGGCGCUUCAAACACACGACUCGCAUCUGCCAACUCCCUGUCAAGCGGACGAAACAAAUGCCCCAGGCCACGCGCUAGCCACUGGAGCCGCGGCCCGUCAAAUGGGCAUCCCAGCUGCCCAGUG